GAUGCUCAGCUCUCUCCACUCACUAUCUUAUUGCUCAGCUCCCUCUACAGGAGCCCUUAAAUCCUCUCCUAUAAUAAACUCUUCUAGGGUUUAUAAAUUCCUGAGAGUUCGUUGUUGUUCCAGCAGAGACAAAAACCAAGAACCUGUCACCAACUUCGGUGGCGUCCAAUUGGAAGAAACAGUCAAUUUAAAAGCUGCAGGCAAACUCAGACUCGACUCUUGGAUUUCAUCUCGCAUUGUUGGAAUUAGCAGAGCUCGCGUUCAGUCAAGUAUCCGUUCCGGCCUCGUUAGUGUUAACGGACAAGUUAUUAACAAGGCUUCGCAUAGUGUGAAAGUUGGGGAUAAGGUGAAUUGCACGAUUUCGGAGUUGCAACCUUUAAGGGCUGUACCUGAAGAUAUACCUUUGGAUAUAGUUUAUGAAGAUGAUCAUGUACUAGUUGUUAACAAGCCUGCUCACAUGGUCGUUCAUCCAGCACCAGGCAAUGUUACUGGCACACUUGUCAAUGGCAUUCUUCACCAUUGCAGUCUUCCAACGGUUGCAUUUAAAAACCAGGAAGUUCUUUCAGAUGCUGAGGAUAUUUCUGAUGAGGAAGAGUUAACUUCAAGUAUAUGUGCAGCAGCAUCUGUUCGACCUGGAAUUGUGCACAGGUUGGACAAAGGCACCAGUGGAUUGCUUGUUGUUGCAAAGGAUGAACAUUCUCAUGCCCAUUUAUCAGAACAAUUCAAGUUGCACAGUAUCCAGAGAGUCUAUAUCAGUCUUACUUCUGGAUUUCCUUCCCAAUCUUCUGGACGUGUUGAGGUUCCAAUUGGUCGUGAUUCAAACAACCGGAUUCGUAUGACUGCUAUACCUGGACCAAUCAAACAUGGGCAGGCUCGUUAUGCAGCUAGUAGGUACAAGGUAAUUGAAAUUCUUGCUGGUGGUGCUUGUGCACUGGUGGAGUGGAGAUUAGAAACUGGACGCACUCAUCAGAUACGUGCACAUGCAAAGUACCUGGGAAUUCCUCUAUUAGGUGAUGAAGUGUAUGGAGGGACCAAGAACAUGGCCAUGUCACUGCUUCAGCCCAGAACUCCACCUAGCUGUGAUGGCAAACUCUUGAAGUUGGUGUCUGGAUUAGAGAGGCCUUGCCUCCAUGCUUUUGCUCUUGGGUUCAUACAUCCACACACACGGGACAAUAUACACUUUUCACGCCCACCACCUCCUGAUUUUGCUGAGGCUUUGCACCAACUGCGGGAAAUUGGCACCGAGAAGGUAUUGGGCAUCUAAUUUGCUAUACAUGUUCAGAGAUUGUUUACAUUACUUGUCAAUUGAACAUUGGUUCACAUAUGCCCUCGACAUUCAUCUCCAAAGCUUUAGUAGGAUUGAAGGCUUUUGAGAAAAAAACGGAGUUACCAAAUUAAGCUCACCAAAGUUCUCUUGUUUGUAAUUGUUGCAUUGGAAAGAAUUUUGGUGGGUACUUAACUAAAAAGAAACCCAAAAUUUAACAUUUACACACAUGUUGGAUUUGCGUUUCUCAAGCCAAUCUUGCCUUGUCGGCUUUUGGGGUUUAGCCCAGUCAAGUUGUUAUCGGGCCAACUUUUUGAUGAAACUUGUCGACUGAUAGAAGUUAGAGAAUUCCAUUGGUUGAACUCUUUAUCUAUUCAUUUUCUAUUUAAUGUUGUUA